AGUAUGCAAGCUGCAAGAUGUCCUACAGAUGAAUUAUCUUUAACCAACUGUGCAGUUGUGAAUGAAAGAGAUUUUCAGUCCAGCCAGCACGUGGUGGUGAGGACCUCUCCCAAUCACAGGUACAUAUUUACUCUGAAGACCCACCCGUCAGUGGUUCCAGGGAGCAUUGCGUUCAGCUUACCUCAGCGAAAAUGGGCUGGACUUUCUAUUGGACAAGAAAUAGAAGUCUCUUUAUAUACAUUUGACAAAGCCAAACAGUGUAUUGGCACAAUGACCAUCGAGAUUGAUUUCCUGCAGAAAAAAAGCAUUGACUCCAAUCCUUACGAUACCGACAAGAUGGCAGCAGAAUUUAUUCAGCAGUUCAACAACCAGGCCUUCUCAGUGGGACAGCAGCUUGUGUUCACCUUCAAUGAAAAGCUUUUUGGCUUACUGGUAAAGGAUAUUGACGCCAUGGAUCCUAGCAUCCUGAAAGGAGAGGCUGCGACAGGUAAAAGACAGAAGAUUGAAGUAGGACUGGUUGUUGGAAACAGUCAAGUGGCAUUUGAAAAAGCAGAAAAUUCGUCACUCAAUCUUAUUGGCAAAGCUAAAACCAAGGAAAAUCGCCAGUCUAUCAUCAAUCCUGAUUGGAACUUUGAAAAAAUGGGAAUAGGAGGUCUGGACAAAGAAUUUUCAGAUAUUUUUCGACGAGCAUUUGCUUCCCGAGUAUUUCCUCCAGAGAUUGUGGAACAGAUGGGUUGUAAGCAUGUUAAAGGCAUCCUGUUAUAUGGGCCACCAGGUUGUGGUAAGACUCUCUUGGCUCGACAGAUCGGCAAGAUGUUGAAUGCAAGAGAGCCCAAAGUGGUCAAUGGGCCAGAGAUCCUGAACAAGUAUGUGGGUGAAUCAGAGGCUAACAUUCGCAAACUUUUUGCUGAUGCUGAAGAGGAGCAAAGGAGGCUUGGCGCAAACAGUGGUUUGCACAUCAUCAUCUUUGAUGAAAUUGAUGCCAUCUGCAAACAGAGAGGGAGCAUGGCUGGUAGCACCGGAGUUCACGACACUGUCGUCAACCAGUUACUGUCCAAAAUUGAUGGGGUGGAGCAGCUGAACAAUAUCCUCGUCAUUGGAAUGACUAAUAGACCAGAUCUGAUAGAUGAGGCUCUCCUUCGACCUGGAAGACUGGAAGUCAAAAUGGAGAUAGGCUUACCAGACGAAAAAGGUCGCCUACAGAUCCUUCACAUCCACACAGCAAGGAUGAGAGACCAUCAGUUAUUGUCUACUGACGUAGACAUUAAAGAACUGGCUGUGGAGACCAAGAAUUUCAGUGGUGCUGAACUGGAGGGUCUGGUGCGAGCAGCACAGUCCACUGCUAUGAACAGACAUAUAAAGGCCAGUACUAAAGUAGAGGUGGACAUGGAGAAAGCAGAGAGUCUGAAGGUAACAAGAGGAGACUUCCUUGCUUCGUUGGAGAAUGAUAUCAAACCAGCAUUCGGCACAAACCAAGAGGAUUAUGCAAGUUACAUUAUGAAUGGGAUCAUCAAAUGGGGUGACCCAGUUACUCGAGUUCUGGAUGAUGGGGAGCUUUUAGUCCAGCAGACUAAAAACAGUGAUCGUACACCCCUGGUUAGCGUCCUUUUGGAAGGCCCUCCUCACAGUGGGAAGACUGCUUUAGCUGCAAAGAUUGCAGAAGAAUCCAACUUCCCCUUCAUCAAGAUCUGUUCUCCUGAUAAGAUGAUUGGCUUUUCUGAGACAGCCAAGUGUCAAGCCAUGAAGAAGAUCUUUGAUGAUGCAUACAAAUCUCAGCUCAGCUGUGUGGUUGUGGAUGACAUUGAAAGAUUACUUGAUUAUGUCCCCAUCGGCCCCCGAUUUUCUAAUCUGGUGUUACAGGCUCUUCUUGUGUUACUGAAGAAAGCACCACCUCAGGGCCGCAAGCUUCUCAUCAUUGGGACCACUAGCCGCAAAGACGUCCUUCAGGAAAUGGAAAUGCUUAAUGCUUUCAGCACCACCAUCCAUGUGCCCAAUAUUGCCACAGGCGAGCAGCUAUUGGAAGCUCUGGAGCUUUUGGGCAACUUCAAGGAUAAGGAACGAACCACAAUUGCACAACAAGUCAAAGGGAGGAAAGUCUGGAUAGGAAUCAAGAAGUUGCUAAUGUUGAUCGAAAUGUCCCUGCAGAUGGAUCCUGAGUACCGCGUGAAAAAGUUCUUGGCCCUCUUAAGAGAAGAAGGAGCUAGCCCCCUUGACUUUGACAGUGCACUCCUUGCAACACAGUGACCAAGGGACGGGACCAAGGCGAAGACAGCCUGGAAUCUUCACUCAGUGCUGGAGACCCUGGGCUCCGUGAACCUCCUUCAACAUGUGCUCGCUCGCUUUGCAUGAUUAAUGCAGUAAUUCUCCCUUCCUUGUGCUUACUGAGAUACUCUAGUGCUUUGUGGAAGGUGUAAACUUGCUCUAGAAUGCUGUGCUUACCUUUCCGUACAAGCUAAGGCGAUUCCUCCUUACUCAGAAUCUGUGUGUGGGAGACGUACUGUAUUUGUGCACACUACACAGUUAAAGCUCCGUACCAGCACCACUCAUCCACAGCCUCCGCUGUGUGUAAUGAAUGUUGCACAACAACCCUUGGCCUCUUAGAAGGAAGACUUCCGCGUGCAAACAGCGAGCAGUGAGUAGAGUGUGGCUUCUGAGGGAUUCUGUCCCGGCUUCCCCGUGCUAACACCAGGGGUAACUGGGCAUCAGCUAACGGUUCCCCUCAAAAUAGGUUAUUCUCUUUGCCUGAAGAAACAGGGCUUUGAAUAUCCAAGAUCGCACUUUCACUCAUUUUUCAAAGAUGUUUCCAGGUUGCAAUCAGGAGACCUUUCUUACAAGAAAGUCCAAUUAUUACUGUGUUGGCGGUGACAUCCCCUCGGUGUAAUUAAUGUGCUCUGUAGUGAGAGAUAUGCUAAUCGUUACCACUUGGAGAUACUGCUAAAAAAACUUUAUGUAUGGAAAAAUGUGCACCCCUAAACAGAAAGGAGUUAUUAAAAUAAAAUAAUUUACUAACCUGUCAGUACUAAUUAGUGUCCAACUCUUAAGUGGGUCAGUUCCUUAGGAUAAUAUUAAAGGCUUAUUAGUAUUACCGCUUUUAUUUUUUCCUUAGCCCAAUGACUUACUUAGAAUCUGUCAUUCCUGUAUUUUAAAUUACCCGUGCUAUCUGGCAGGAAAAUGAAACACUGUUCUCCAAAAACCAAACCACUUUCUAGCCCACUCUCCUCAACACCGCUUUCACAUCCGUGUCCUGAAAGCAGUGCUUCAUCCAGGUGGUCUCAGGGCUCUCCCUUCCCCCUCCACACGUUCCUUUCGAAGGGUAGCAGAGCCCAUCGAGUCCUCUUGAAGGUGAUGGCUCAUCAUUGAACGAGAAGCAGUUUAAUCAGGUCAUCGUGUGUGAUGACGUCUGCAGAGCAUGCCGCUCCCCGCCGCUGUUAACACCGGGGGACAGGCGCUCGGAAGCCGUCUUAAGUGCCUGAGUCACACACCGUGUGAGGGGCUCGCGGCCGCAGCAGCGCUUGGGUGUGGCUCUGUCACCUGUCCUCACAGCAGAAGGCGAGUCGUCUCCAAAUCUUGCUCUCUGUAUCCCUUUGGGUUUUCAUCCCUAGCUUAUUUUGUAGCUUUUAAAACAGUGGGUUACAUUGUGAAUUUUAUGAUUCCUGGUGGCCAGUGUGCUGGACUCCGUCUCUGCGGCCUUGCCUUUCCCUUUCUGUGAAGCAGCACACACUGUAUGAACUUGUGUCUCGUGUUAAAUCAGGUUCACGUCUUUGUGUUUUGUCCAGAACUAUAUUGAAAAGAUAAAUAUUAUUUAUUGCAAAUGAAGGAAUGCAAUAAAGAGUAAAUGUACCUGAA